AUGGCGAGCUGGGUUUUAUCACAAUGUGGUAUCAAACCUCUCCCCAGAUUCUACCCUAAACCCACAACCUCCUUCUCCUCUAACCCAACACCCACACUCAGAUUCAAUCCACCAACUACACCUCCUUCUUCUCGAAACGGGUCCUUAGCCAGAACCAGGAACUGGGCGUUGAACGUGGCCACGCCAUUAACAACUCUCAAGUCUCCAUCAGAGGAGGAACACACGAAGAGAUUCGACCCAGGCGCGCCUCCUCCGUUCAAUUUGGCUGACAUAAGAGCAGCCAUUCCCAAGCAUUGCUGGGUUAAGAAUCCAUGGAGGUCGAUGAGUUAUGUUGCCAGAGAUGUCGCUGUCGUCUUCGGAUUGGCUGCUGUAGCUGCUUACUUCAACAGUUGGCUUCUCUGGCCUCUCUACUGGUUCGCUCAAGGCACCAUGUUCUGGGCUCUCUUUGUUCUUGGCCAUGACUGUGGACACGGCAGCUUCUCCAAUGAUCAGAGGCUGAACAGUGUGGCUGGUCAUCUUCUUCAUUCCUCAAUUCUUGUCCCUUACCAUGGCUGGAGAAUUAGCCACAGAACUCACCACCAGAACCAUGGACAUGUCGAGAAUGACGAGUCUUGGCAUCCUUUGCCUGAAAGCAUCUACAAGAAUUUGGAGAAAACAACUCAGAUCUUUAGGUUCACAUUGCCUUUCCCAAUGCUUGCGUACCCUUUCUACUUGUGGAGCAGAAGUCCAGGGAAAAAAGGUUCUCAUUAUGAUCCGGACAGUGAUUUGUUUCUUCCGAAAGAGAAGAAGGAUGUCCUGACAUCAACUGCAUGUUGGACUGCAAUGGCUGCCUUGCUUGUUUGUCUCAACUUUGUCAUUGGUCCAAUCCAAAUGCUCAAACUAUAUGGCAUUCCUUACUGGAUAUUUGUAAUGUGGUUGGACUUCGUGACUUACUUGCACCACCAUGGCCAUGAAGACAAGCUCCCUUGGUACCGUGGCAAGGCAUGGAGUUACCUGAGAGGAGGGCUCACAACAUUGGAUCGUGACUACGGAUGGAUCAACAACAUCCACCACGACAUUGGAACUCAUGUCAUACAUCACCUUUUCCCGCAGAUCCCACAUUAUCAUCUUGUAGAAGCAACAGAAGCAGCUAAACCAGUACUAGGAGAGUACUACAGAGAACCGAAAAACUCUGGACCUCUGCCACUUCACUUACUGGGAAGCCUCGUAAAAAGUAUGAAACAAGACCAUUUCGUAAGCGAUAUAGGAGACGUUGUGUACUAUGAGGCUGAUCCAAAACUCAAUGGACAAAGAAGUUGA